AUGCAGGGGUACAUCCGGGAGGAUCGAGGCCGGAAAAGCCCCCCUGGAUCCCGCACUGCCCGACACACCGACAACUGUAGUGGGAGGCAUGUCCCAGAUCGACGCUUCCUGGGUAUAUCGCCAGCGCCCUCAUUUGGCACCUGCAGGGCCGUAGGGCCGUCGAGUCUGGGAAAGAGAUCGCGUGGGCGUUUCGGCGUCGUGCAGCGGCCUCUUGUUGAUGUGAAUCGGAGCAUCCGCCUCUAUAUGCGGGGCCCAAUGCCGCGACGCCGCCCUGUCCGCAGGGCAAAGAUAGCCCCACCGCCGCUACUGCACCGCGGGCUUUGUACGGGCUUCGACUGCCCACGGUUCGUGAUUCCACUCCGUGGCCCGGCCUGGGACCUGUUCUGGGUGGGAUCCUGCGGCAUCACCGCGCGCGACGGGGGACGACGACCGGUGUACGCCAUUCCCAACGACCAGACGGUGCCCCCUAUCUCACAGCGGCCCGAUUUCAAACGCCCCGCCUUUGUGGACAGCGAGGGAACGCUGCAGUCGCGCUUCGUCUUCCCUCUGCACGACCGGGUAUGCAGUGGCGUACGAGGGGGCACGAAAAAUCUUGGCCCAACUCUCCAUGGCGCCCGUGAAUCAACCAGUCGGCGUAUCGUACAGGGCCCUCUGCGAGAGCUCCCAUGA